GCACGGUAGCGCGCACUAGGGUUACAGGCUCAAGAUUAUACACAACACCACAAGCACGUGCCCGCGCACUGAGCCGAUGCCUUCAUGGCGAGACCCCGGAAACACACAGUAACCUGCUGCUGAUGCGAUUACUGUUAGUUUAUCUGUCGCUAGUUUCUUAAAGAAGGAAAAAGGUCUGUUUGUUUAUUUAUUUGAUUGAGUAGUAAACAUGUUAGAUUCGAGAGAGGAGGAGCUGGGGGUGAAACGAGACAACACGAGAAAGAAGAAAAAAGAGAAACGUAGCGAAAAGAAGACCAUCCAUAAGGAGGAGGAGACUGAGGAGAGGAGGGGAGAAGAAGAAGAAGAAGAAGAAGAAGGGCAACAGGAGAAGGACAGUGAGGGUGUCUUACUGCGAGGGAUCUUCAAACUGGGAAAAAAAAGUCAAGACGUCCUGCUUACCAGAACCAGACUGACCUGGAUCCCCAUUACACCAGAGACACCGACAGAAGAGCCACGCGUUCUACACCCUGAAGUGUUACUGCUGGAAGAUGUGUUUGCAGUGAAGGUGAAGAGGCGGCGAGCAGCAGGCCAGCAGUCGGGGGGACCUGUGCUUGGUCUGACCCUGUUCCACAGCCGGAGGAAAGGGAGGAAGCUGGAAGAGGACACACUUCACCUCCACAACGCCUCAUCUGAACAUACAUACCGCUGGUACAACAAAAUCAAAGAGCUAGUCACAGGUUUCACGAUUCGCCCCAAGUUUCUCAAAGUGUUCAUCAACCCCAGCAGCCACAAGAAGGAGGCGGUGCACAUCUACAGAGAUCACGUGGCUCCGCUCUUCAAGAUGGCAGACGUGCGCACUGACAUCACAGUGACAGAGAGGACGGGUCACGCUCUCUCAGUGAUGAAGGAAUGCAAACUGGAUGAAUACGAUGGGGUGCUGUGUGUCGGAGGUGAUGGAUCAGUGGCAGAACUUUGCCACGCUCUGGUCCUCAGAGCUCAGCUAGACACAGGCUCUCCAGAAAAACCCGUGAAGUCAACGCUACCACUGGCUCUGAUAUUCACAGGCUCUACGGACGUGGUUUCCUGUUCUGUCCAUGGAGUCAGAGACCCAGUCACUGCGGCCCUGCAUGUCAUUCUAGGUCACCAGCAGCAGGUGGACAUGUGCAGCUUCACGUCUCUUGGUCAGUUGGUGCGUUAUGGUUUCUCUGCCAUGUUUGGCUUCGGUGGACAGAGUCUAGCACGGGCGGAGAAGAACAGGUGGAUGUCAUCAUCACGGAGACGAGAGUAUGCAGUGGUGAAAACUUUAGCUAGAUUAAAACCAGAAGACUGUCAGCUGUCUUUCAUACCAGUGAAAACAUCAAGCAGGGAUCUGUUUGGACUCCGAGACAAGAAUGGUUUAGACCAGGAAACAGAUUCAGAAGAAGAGGAGACGUGGACGACCAGAGAAGGCCUGUACCUGAACAUUAGCAUCAUGUCCAUCCCCUGCCUGAGCCCACAUGCUCCUCAAGGCCUGGCCCCUGACACCAGUUUGACCAGUGGCAGUGCUUCACUGAUAGCAGUAGGAAACACUUCCAGGUCAGAGUUCAUCAAACACCUGAAGCGAUACAGUGCCUCCAGUGGACAUUUUAGCUUCUCUUUUGUGGAGACCCACACUGUGUCUGCAGUGAGGGUCCGCCCUCGCUCACAGACUGGCUGGUCAGAGGGGGAGGAGAACGAAGAGGAGGAAGACUCCAAAACUACCCCUAUCAUCGGCUCAGAGGGAGCAUCGUUCCCCUGGAACAUCGAUGGAGAGCUGGUGGAGAUUGCUAAUGAAGUUCUGGUCAGGGUCCACCCAAGACUCAUCACUCUGUAUGGAGAGCACAUAGACGAGGCUGAAACCACUGCGUCCUGCAGCUGCAUCUGAGUCCAACAGAGGCUGCCUUCAUUGGGUGUUUUUGUGUGUCUCAGCGAGUGUGUGUGUGUGUGUGCCUGCAAAGAAGCAUUGCUAUGCUGAUGAAAAAUGGGAGCUAAUGUUGUGGAGGCUGCAGGCACACUGGAUGCAUCACAUCAGUGGUCAACAGGGCUCACAGUGAUCACCUGAGAUGAUAACGUUCUCACUUGUUCUUUAGAAAUUAUUGCCUGAACAUUGUCCUACAGUUUUAUCAUUUAUUUGCACGGUUGCUAAGGAGAGAAAACUGUGGGGCAGCUAACACAUUUGAGCUCUUACUAUGUUACAAUUUUGUAGCAGCAGGGGUCGCUCUAACUCAUGUACAGUGAUUUUAAAAUACUAAGGUUGCUUCACACACACAGCUAGGACAAACAGAUGCAUGGAGUGUGUCUGUAGUGUGGUACUGUUAGAAUAGUAACAGGCCUAAAACUGAGCAAAGUCGUCUUUUUACACCAGCAGCACCUUUUUAGUUUUAACCACUUGUAUGUGUAUAUUUUUGACACUACAAUUCAGAUGUUUAGAUUUGAUUUUUAAAAAAACUGUUUUUUUAUAGAAAACCUUUUUUUCUUUUUAAUGGUGGAAGGUGGAAAUACAGUGAGGAUCUACAGUGCGGAACAACUUCACAAACAAAAACAAGAAGUUAUUCAUUAAAAAAAAGAAAUCAAACACCUGUGUGUGAUGUGCAUUUGUACUAAACACAUUGAACUGCAUUCACAGAACACAGACCGUCAGAACACCACUCACCAAAGACUUUCAAUACAUUUAAAACACAUUUUUUAAAUACUUUCAAGUAGUCUUUCACUUUUUAACCCUGUCGCUUUAAGUGUUGCUGUCUACAUUACCCAAGAUGCAUCUGUUCCUGUUCAAUUAAAAUUAAGUUACAAUAGUAAUACAAGAGAUUACAAAGUAAGAAACUAAACCUGAAUCCAGCUGAAACAUCUGUGUACAUUUAUUUGUUUGUAAAAUUAAGUUUCUUUUUAGAAAGCACUGUUUAACAAUAAAUUACGUUCAUACGAAGGAGCAGUGGUUUAAAACAGUAGGUUACAAGAUGUUUUUUUGCAGCAAAAACACCGUUCAAAGUGGAUCCUGAUGUGACAUGUAAUGACUCUCCUGGCUCAUAAAAAGGCGGGUCUCUAUUCCUCCCUCUGAGCCUAACUCUACAUGUGCUCAGAUCGUUUCCUCCGUCCUAUUUGUCAAGCAUUGCCGUACAUUGUUCCCAAAUGUUUUGGCACGAAAAGAUUUCCUGUGAAAUUGUUCAGAUUGUUUCCAAAGAAAAGCUGUUGUAACAGUUUGGCUAUAAGAGGAUGAGUGAAUAAAUGAUUCACUUAGCCUCACGCUUCAGACACAAUGGGUUUUCCCAAAAUGCACCACACUUCAGGCCCCGACCCAGAAAACACCAGACUCUGAUGUCAGAGAGUAGGUUCUACUCACUGAAAUGAGUCAAUACCAAGACUGGAUCUGAAACCACAAGCAGGUCAGGGGAGAUAUUUCUCAUUUUUGGCCUUCACAUCAGUAUACUUUAGGACUUUGUGUCCACAGUCUUAAAUCUUUUUUUCCUUAAAAUAAGGCAAUUUUCUUUCUGUAUAAAAAUUGUAGAGAAGAAGAGCUCUUGAAGCGAAAACAAAA